ACACACUCACCGCAGCGCUUGCGACAGCCAGGUGGCUCGCUCAGAUAAUUCGGGAGGCUGCGGCCGCCUCACCAGUCGCUCUCGAACCACUCUCCACUCCACACAUCUCCGCUCCCAGUUAGACUAACCCCUGUCAAGAUGUGGGAUGACUUUGAAGAAGAGACCCCGGCGCCCGCGGCCGUCCCCGAAGAGGCCCCCGCCCCUGACGCCGCCGCCGACGCCAAGCCCGAGGAGGCCGAGCCCCCAGCGCCAGAAGUGGUCAUGGGCACAGAACCUAAGAAACUCGUCUUCAGACAUUGGAUCAGGCCGAAAUUCCUCCAAUACGCCUACCUCUACGACUACCAGAAAAAUUAUUACGACCAGGUCAUUAAUUACCUGGACAGACGGAACAAAGGGUUGCCGGUCGAGAAGCCGCGGCCGCAGACCUGGGCCGAGAGGGCGCUCCGGACGUACCUGGCGAGGAGCUCGUCGAGCCUCAGCGCGCGGAGCACGGGCAGGGACACCGCCCUGCUGCGGGGCAUCUCCAGCGGCGCCCGCUUCCACCGUUACCAUAGCAAGUCCCUGAUCUCGAGGAAGUAUUCCAAACUGGGAUUUAACACCGUGUCCAUCUAG